CUCCAAACGCCUUCUGCGACAUUGUAAGUCACUUUACUGAGAAAAAUACUUGUCCCACAGGGCUAACGUCUUGUACCAGUUUCACAGUACACGGUUUGGGGUUCGAGACCUGUUGCUCGGGAGCUGGAAUCUUCAGCGUGCGUCAACCCGGUAGUUGGGUCGACCUGACCUGCUAAACACCUUGAACUGACAGCCUGCUAGAAUACAAAAAUCGUUCGAGAAUCCUGGAUACAUGCACAUGUGCCUCAUGCUAUCAGCAUGUCAGUGGGCAUGGGUUACCGGUUCGAUGGACGAGGUCAGGAUCCCAUUCCUGUACCAUAAAGCGGCAACCUAUCAAUUCGCGAGAGAACAGCUCCAGAGUCCAGAAUUGGCACAGAGCGGAGACACUAUGUUGGCUAUAUCUGCACUUGCACUGACUGAGGGCGCGAUAGGAGAACUGGACGCCUCCUCAAGACACUUGAAGGGUAUACAAUCUGCAGUAAAGGAGUGGAAUAGGGUUGUCGAUCCAGUGCCGACGUUGCCCCAGAGAAUGCUCAAGAUGGUCGGAGAAGGACUACGAACCGGAAAGGCAGGCCAACUCGUGAACGUGCCCGAAUACCAACCAACCUUUAUGGCUCUCCUAUUUGCGUCGAUAUGGGAUAUCACAGCGCUACCGCCGCGCGAAGCUCCGAGAUAUGGCUGGUGGGAAGAUCUCGAAACACCAGCGGCCAGACUUUGGCAAAAUCAUACCAGAGACCUCAACCUCAACUAUGAGAUUUCAAGAGGUUUCAGUGCGAGUCAAUACGUACCACGAAUCUUGAACGGUGACCCUAAAAGUAGCCGAACGAGUUUCAUAGCGACCUUCUUCUAUCUCUGUUCUGAGCUGGGCGACAGAUACUUCGACGUAACCAUGAUCGACUGGCUCCUUGAACAACUCAUAGACGAUGUUAAUGCAGGCGAAGAACAUCUGAGGAUGAGUGAAUGGACACAGUCACUCUGGUUAUUUUGCGUACUGUUUGGUGCGUCCAUAGCGUUCACUGGGCGGGCCAAUAAUGUAAUCGAAGAAAGACAACUGAGCAAAUGGCGAGGCGUUUACGGCGACAAAAUGAAACUGGCCAGUCGAGAACUGGGAAUCAAAAGCUGGCAGUCAGCCCGGGCGAUGCUGGCUGAGGUGGUGGGAGGGAUAGACGGCGAAUUAGAAAAGGGUCUAGAGGAGUUAUGGAACGAGGGGAUAUCAGGAGAGACAUCGGGAGAGAGCAGUGCAAGUCCAGCAGUGGUAGAGCUGUCAGAAUCCGACUAAGCCAUGCUUCGUCACCUCGACUGAGUUGGCGUCUGACUGCUUGAAAAUAGACUGGGAGCAAGCCAGGUGAUGCGUGGAUGCGAGCUAUCAUAUAUUUUUGGUGUUGGCUUAUCGUGGUUCAAGGCCAACGAGAAGGGUCGAUGAGAUACCCGUAAGAUAGACAUCGGCUGGGCUGACGGUAGAAUGAGAGGACAUCAACUCAUAGAAUACAUAGAGUUUUCCCUGGAGGAAGCGUUGAAAUUCAGAUAGGUAGUGUUCAACAAGAGACUCAAAGAGCCACAGACGAUAACAAAGCUGAGGCGGUUACACCAU